AUGAAAUUUGAAGAGCUGCAGAGGGCUACAGUUGGAGUUAAGAAAGCAUGGGUGAAAUUAGCAGAGAUACUCUUUUCACAAGUGAGUUUCAAUCGUAAACGACCUGGCGAGGUUUCAAAAAUGACUGUUGAAGACUACAGUAAGUGUGCCAGUGGGGAGACAUGCGUUGUUGAUGGUGCCCUGUCUGUAAUGGAAAAGGCUCUAUGUAAGGUGCUUUGGAGGGUAGAGAUCAUUGGAAAACGUUCUCGUACAGUUGUAGUACUCUUCACAUCCAAGAUUAAGGCAUCCCUUGACACCUUAAUGGAAAGAAGGAAGGAUGCAGGUCUAGAUGACAAGAAUGUCUACUUGUUUGGCACCCCGGAUGGUAAUGGGCAUCUUCGGGGAACAGACACACUUCGAGAGCAUGCAUCAAACUGCCGGGCCAAAAAUCCUGAAUACCAUCGUGCAACCAGACUCAGAAAGCACAUUGCAACAGUUUCACAAAUAAUGAACCUGCAAGAAAAUGAACUGGAUAUACUUGCAAGCUUUUUGGGCCAUGAUAUAAGAACACAUCGUGAGUACUACCGCCUCCCAGAAUCCACCCUUCAAGUUGCAAAACUGUAACUUGUUAAGAUGGAGCGUGGAGGUCUAGCUGGGAAGAGCCUGAGGGAUGUCGAGUUGGAACCGGAUGAAGAGUGCUCAGAGUGCAGUUCUGACAGUGAGGCCAAUGAAUCCGAACAUGCAGUCAUGAGAGAGGAGGAAGAUGUACCUAUGAAGAAAGGCAGCAGUACAUGCCAGACAAAGAAGAUGUGGAGUGUUGCUGAGAAAGUGGCUGUCAAUAACCACUUAGGGAUGUUUCUGAGAACACGACAAGUACCAGGAAAGGGGCCGAUCACUAAUGCAAUGAGAGCAGCUCCACAUGUCUUCAAGGAUCGUACAUGGCGAAACAUCAAGGACUUUGUGAGGAAUCAAAUCAAGAAAAAGGACCCACUGGGUUUUCUGCAGAAAUUAUAAGUGUAUAAGGCUUUUUAGCAGGCCAUGUUUUCAGCCUUAAUUUUCUUUACCUUUUUGGUCCAGCUUCUCUUUCCAUUGUAGGUAAUUAUAUGAAACUUUGAAAAAAUAAAUGUGUUCUUGAUCAUCAACAGAGACGUAAACAAUCUAGUAUACUCUCCAUUGAUAAUGUAAACUAUAAAGCUGUGCAUAGUGAAAUGGGUUUUACAAGAGGGGAUUGGUCAAGAGGAUGCUCUUGAUUUGAUACUGUUAUGUGUAGAAAGUCACAAAAGGUGCAGAAGACCUUUUUGUUUUGACUGAAGUGGGAUUGAACACCAAUUUCAUAUCGUUUUUGUAAGUCCUUUUCCGUAUGUGGACAGGUUUUGCAUUUGGAAUGCCACUAUUUUGUUUUAAGAUAAUAUAAAGAUGCAGAGAUGGUACAGUCAUGCAAAUUGAAAGAAUCAACCAUCAGCGUAAGUGUGAUUUGCCAUGUAACUGACUUAAAAGAGUACAAGAGGCAUUUUGUAAUGUAUCC